UUGGCAUCCCUUUGUUGACAACGUGAAGGUGCCACGUGAUUCUGGCGAGGCAAUACGCACACGGACCGAGGGGCGAAGACGGACGGCCGUACGCACACACUGAAAGGCCAUUCGCACACACGCACACGAUCCUCCUCGUAUCUCCUAUCUCCUACCUCCUCCUCCUCCUUCUCUCUCUUUCUCUCUCUGUCUCUCUCUCUCUGUCUCGUCUUCCGAGGAGGAAUUUCUUUCAGCCUUUCGCCAUGGCCGGGUUGGCGUGCAGGGCCUUCUUCAGAGCCGCUGUGGGAAGUCGUGGUGGGGUUCCUGUGCUUAAGAAUGGGGCGAGAGGGCUUCCUGUGCUGAAGAAUGGGACGAAGGGACUUGCUGUUACAACAGCCAUGUGCAUGCCACCCCAUAGAAAGGACCCGAAAAAGAUGACCCCAAGACGGCAGAAACCUUUCAGUGGCGCAUACUACAAUCAUUUUGCAGUUGGAAUGUAUCAGUGUGUUUGCUGUGGUACAGAUUUGUUCAGUUCUAAGACAAAGUAUGAGUCGGGCAGCGGCUGGCCCUCCUUCCACUCAGCUGAAGGUAAGUCUCUUGGAGAUGCUGCCACCGAAGUCGUAGAAACGCGUAUCGACACAUCUCACUCCAUGGUGCGAACAGAAGUCCUCUGCAGAAAGUGCGCAGCUCAUCUGGGUCACGUUUUUCCCGAUGGGCCAGAACCAACUGGACUCCGCUACUGUAUCAACUCUGCCUCACUGAAGUUUGUGCCAAAGAAGAUGAAAUAGGCUCAGUUGUCUACCAAUUUUGUUGUUGUUGUUGCGGGAUUUGUGUUUAACCUUGUUAUAUGUAAUGGAAGGGGUUUGUGUGUUUAGAUUGUGUGAUGGAGAUGAAGAAAUUGUUGUGUGAUAUGUGAUAGAGGGAAAGAGUGAGCCUGAAGUGAUUGAUAACCAGAGAGUAGUAAAGAAAAACUACUAUUUUCUCUCAUUUGAGUUGGAUGAAAGAAUGGUUAAUAUGUGCAUUUGAGGUGAAACAAAUAAAGUGUGUAGGCAUGCAGCACCAACAAAUUUGGCCUAUUCCUUCUAGCCCAGCUUAGAAAUUUGUUACAGUAUGAAAAUAGACAGCAAGCUUCUUGAAUGUUUAUCAUUUUGAUUAGAAACAAUGAUUCCAAAUUGAUAGUAAAAAGUUGAAGUUUG